GCUGCACAAGGCUGACGGAAAGACCGUUGUUAUCAAGCCGCUAUCAAGAUCUCAAGAACCAGCAACCACGGUCUCUAUUUUCGUUGGGGUGUGAUUAUCGCGAUACCAGUCAUCAUGGAGAACUCUUUCGACAAAACGGCUACAGAGACAAUUGAUCUUCUAGAAGCCAGGCUUCGCAGAAUCGAAUAUGCGGUGUGCGGUCAUAUUGAUCAAGCUACACUGGAAACCCAAAAGGAUUCUGCCACCAAACGCAUGUCAGAUUUGGAGCAAUCUCUUCACCAACUAGCAUCCAAAUCAAAAGUCAUUCAAGAUCUUCUAAAGCUUCGUAUGUACCUAAAAACAAGUGUAUCUUCACGGCAGAAACUUAACUCUCCAGAUUCCAAACACCCCGAUUUAUUCCAACAAAUAUCUCCCAAUGAAGUUCCCACCACACUCGAUACCUCCAGUCUCCUCUCAAUCAUUCUCGCAUCUGCUAGCUCGUAUCCAUCAACCGCCUCACGAUUAACGUCCGUAGUCGAUACACCAAUUCCCCCUACCCGCCUCUCAGCCCAACUAAUUGACCUCCAACCACGAAUCGCAAAGAUCGGUACACUGCAAGCCUCUCAAAGCGCAGAACUGGCAGAAUUGAGAGAAAGAAGCGCUACCGCAAUUCAACAAUGGUACGCGAUCAAUAUUCUUCAGUCUGGAGAUUUAUGGGCGGAAAUCGAGGGAAGAGUUGGACAAGUUGAGCAGAAAGUCCGAAGGGCAGCACUUGCAAAACGAGCCGAUGAUGCGAUGAUAUGAAGAGGAUACCCUUUCUGAAUCAGCAGCAGCAAGGUACCGUAGAAUUUUAUCAGACGAAGAAAAAUGUCUAGAGGGGUGGUUGGUUAGGGAUGAGACUCCGACGAUCGAGAGCCGUGCCGUAUCGGAAAGGAAUGCCGUGUUUCGAAACCUGUCAAGCUUACGGCGACAUGGAAAGGAUUUUGCUUGCGGCAUUUCGGAACCAAAGUUCCUUAUCGGUACUUUUAGAAAGUUCCACGAUACCGAAGUCCGAAAUUGGCCUAGAGUCUCGCUGGGACUUUGAGGUUCUUGUUCUUCUGGGAGAAUGUCGAGGCCGAGAAAUUAAUAUUGCGGGUUGCUUGGCGGUAUUAUGUCUUCAUUUACAGAGGGAAGCCAUUACUUCUUUAUGGAGAACAGGAUUCUGCCUUUUGGACUCGAGGUCGAAUUGUAUUGAUGGGUGUAUCUGGAAAGAGUCAUGGGCUUGCUGUAAUGACGUUCGGUCCAAGCUGACGUAGUUGUGAGG